AUGAGCACUUCAAACGAUCAACCAGUAUCUCUUAGUGCCCGCCUCCUCGCCCUCUUCAAUACCAGUGUCGAUGCAGUCGAUUCCUCAAUAAAUACCUCCCUCACCUCCAGCCCGCCAGCUUACGAAGACAUCAUUCACAGCACUCUCAACGAUAUGGAAUCCGUUUUCACUGGGUGGGAACAUGAUCAUAACCUCAGCUUCAUCGCCGUAAUCCACAGACGCCGUACCCAGCUCCUCGAGACCGAUAGUUUCACCUCCGACGAUGAGGGCUUCCUUGCCUACCAUGCUCCACCCUCAGAAACUGCCUCCGAUGCUACUGAGCCCGACGUCUCUGAUGAUAAGCUGUGCACUAUCUGUGGGCGCCGCCAGAUCAGUGUCAAGUUCUGUGAUUGUGUCCAUGCGUCGUGCAAAGACUGUGCGAAGGGUAUGUGGCGUGCUAGAAUCCAGUACGACGGUCAUUUUCCAGACUAUUGGCAUUGCCCGUUGUGUAGGGGGUAUGUUUAUGAGGUGAAGAAGAUUGGUGAGAAGGAUGAUGAGAGCGAAGCUAGAGAAGUAGUAGUCAUGGAGUGGAUUCGGGAGGUUUCGAAGAGCGCAAGGGAGAUGGUUGUGGAUAUGCUGGAAAUUAACUCAACCAAAUCUUGA